GGGGGCGUAAACACCGCAAACUCCAGCAGCACAGAUAGGAAACACAGACAGAGGUGGAGGAAGGAGGAGACUGCUUGAGGUUCACCUGGCAUUUAAUUGAUUUAUGCAUAGAGACUUUUGAUUGUGAAAGGACACAUGGCUUCUCGCACAUCUAGAUUAACCAAAAAUCAAAAACUGCAGCUCUGUGCCAUGUUGGGUAAUGUGGAUCUGACUUUUCUCUACAAAGCGUCUGUUCAUGGAUAUAAUGCAACUACUUUCCAUCUGCGCUGUGACCGUCAGGGUCCAACUUUACUCGUAGCCUACAACAACUCAGGCUACAUCUUUGGUGGAUAUACGAGUAAAGAUUAUACUCAGAGCGGGCAGUAUGUUACUGAUGAGGAGGCUUUCCUGUUCAGCUUUCAAGGCAAAAUCCCUGUGCGCAUCAAAAUUAACAGUGGACAUCACGCACGUAUCGAUGACUCUAGAGGACCCAACUUUGGUCAACAGUUGCACUUUUGCUAUAACAACCAACCAACUGUGUUUAAUCAAGGGGGCAAUGCAUUCAACAUUAAUACUGCCUUAAUGUAUGGGAAUGAUGGGAACCUGAUUGAAUGCGAGGUGUUUAAAAUUGAGCAGAUCUCUCAGGUCAGUCCUGAGAAGAAAGCAUGGAGGAAUGUUGUGUGGACAGCUAACCGAAGAGAAGAGCUUGUGAAAUCAAUAAAGACCCAUAAGGUGUCCUCUGUGAACCGGGCUCGAAUCUUAAUGAUUGGUCCUGUGGGUGCUGGAAAGUCCAGUUUCUUCAACUCCAUCAACUCCAUCUUCAUGGGUCGCAUGACCAACAAAGCCAUGGCAGGAUCUUCAGGCACCAGUCUCACCACACAGUUUCGCACAUAUCCACUGAAAGAUUUCCGUGAUGGAAAGCCAUUGCCAUUUGUGUUGUGUGACACUAUGGGACUGGAGGAGCAGACAGGUGCAGGUCUGGACAUUGAGGACAUCAGCAGCAUCAUUCAGGGUCUCAUACCAGACCGAUAUCAAUUCAACCCCAUAGCAUCAUUUCAUCCUGAUGAGCAAAAGUCCUCCAGACCUUCAUCUCUACAGGAGAAGAUCCACUGUGUGGUGUUUGUGAUAGACGUCACCAAAAUCUCUCUCAUGCCCAGCAAACUGGAGGAAAAACUUGCAGCCAUACGCACAAAAGUGAACUCAAUGGGUGUUCCUCAGAUCGUCUUGAUGACUAAAGUCGAUGAGGCGUGUCCUCUGGUGGAGGGGGAUCUUCGAUAUGUUUAUGUCAGUUCCUACAUUAAGUCAAAGGUACAGGAGGUCAGCUCUCGACUGGGUGUUCCUGUGUCGUGUGUGUUACCUGUGAAGAACUACAGUCAGGAGCUUGAACUGAACCUCAGCUGUGAUCUCCUGCUUCUCACCGCUGUACAGCAGAUGCUCAACUAUGCUGAAGAUUAUUUGGAUGAUGCUGCUGAUGCCAUUUAGAGCAAAUGCCUAUUAAGUGUAACUUGAAGUUAUACUGUAGAUAGUUACAUGUAAAUUUGGUUUUGGGCUACAGAAAGAUUUCACAUUUAUGAAGAUGAUGUUCAUAAUAAGGAAUUUUCUUUUAGAAUUGUUUAAAAUUAAGACAAAACAUAUUUUUGUAUACUGCAUUUAUACAACCAUUGAUACUGAAGAAUGUUGAAGUAUGCAGUAGAUAGCAGUAAUCUUGAUAUUGCCAUAGCAAAAAGCUAAUAGGGCAUUAAAAUUACAUUUCAAAUCCCUGAUUUCAAUAGAGGGGACAAAAAAUACAGGAUUGUUCAAACUCUGGUUAAAAUCGAAUAAUAUUCAAGUUCUGUAAGUUGAGAAUAACCCGUAAACAUGUUCAUCUACAUGCAACGAACGGGGAAUCAAUGUUUAA